CGAAGCGCACAAACACAGAUUCCGUGACUCUUAUUUUGAAAAAUGCCUCAAUCGAAUCUUUUCUGUGGUAUGUAAUCGCCUUAGUUCAUCCGACGUGCUCCUGAAACGCUUCAGAAGUAAACACAGAUAACUCUCACAAUGUCCAAGAUAGCCAAGGAGGAGAUCUCUGACAUAUCCCCGGUCUUAUUCCUGGACAUCAGUGGACAUCCAAUGCGAUUCUAUUUAAGACCUGGUCCUACUAAAAUGCAGCUUUACCCACUGAUAACUAAUGGAGGAGGCAUUAUGUGUCGAAAUCAAGAGCCUGGUGCCAUUUUACUGGUGGACCCUGUGGACGUGACUAAUGCCAUGGCAAACACUGGACAAACAUAUAUCUCCACUCAGUUUAUCAGAGAUUGUGUAAAGCAGAACCAACAAUUAGAUAUAGAUGGAUACACAAUAAGUAUCGGGCCGUCUGUCCAGACAAGGAUGGCUUCCCGCAACCAAAGCAAUGGACGGUUGUGUUAUUCACAAGACGAUGAUGCAGCCAUAUUGAAGUUUAUGGAAAAGCGGCGUCAUGAAGCUAAAGGCAUUCUGGUUUGGAGAGAAAUGGAGAAGCAACGUGUCACAGACCAUAGCUGGCAGUCCAUGAAGAAUCGGUUUCUAAAGCACCUUCAGUAUAAGCUCUUGGAGAAAAGCCCGGAAAAAUGUCCAGGCACUACCUCUAAAAAGAAACCCCUAACCUUUUCUGACAGCUCCUCGUGUGAGGAGGGUAUCACUCAAACCUCGUCAAAGACUGGUACUCCGCAAAAGUCACCUCGGAAGUCAGUGGUAAUCUCAGAUGCUGCUGAAACGCAAAGCGCCACAGAGACCAGCUUGUGUCCAACUCUGAGUACAAAUCCUUCAACUUCUCCUGAGAGAGCGAGUUUACCUCCAGAUGUGGCAGAGGCAGCAGGGGAACCAUCACAGGCCUCCAGUAAUGAUGGUGAGCAGGAAUCUUGUGUCCAGAUUCACGAACUGGACAAAAUGAUUAAGAAUACACAAGAGCAACCUCGGCCAGUCAAUGAAGGGCCUGAAAUGUCUAAAAGGCCAAGAUUGGAUGAGGAUUGUGAUGGACAAGACAUUCCAGAUGGAUCAAAUGAAAAUUCCUCAUCCCUUAACGAAACCAGACAAACAACCAGCAAAUCCUCGACACCCACCUCUAAGAAACUUGGCAUUCUUGCAAGAGCUGCAAGAGAGUUUGAGGACUCUGAUGUGAUGGAUGAUGAAAGUGAAGAGGACGAGGGUCCAAGUGAAGCACCAUUGAUCAAGUCUUCAGACACCCAAGGAAGUUUAGCCACCCCUGAAAAUCUUGCAAGGGAACCAGAAAGCCAAGCUGAGCACCACAAAGCCCAACAACAUUCACCAGAAUCCCUUUGCAAUGGGGCAACACCGAUACCAGCAGAUGAAGGCUCAGGGCCCAGUAGCACAGCUGUCCCUAUAACUUUGAGUGGCCAUAACUUCAUCUUUGAGUCACAAGAAGACCACAGCAAGUCAGUUCAAGAGGAAACGUUCUCAAGGGACUUGCUAGAGGUCAAACAACAUGUCAUGAACUUGAUAGCAGAGACCAAGAAAGACCUUGUUGAGGUGACCAAGGCACUGUUUAAAGCCAAUGGUGACCUCACAAAAGCUCAGAUGUAUCUACUAGAGGGAUACGACCGUGAGAUGCACGGGCCCCUCUGGACCCGUCUAGAUGAUGAGUUACUCUUGUUAGCUGAUCCAAAUGAACUUAAGCAGCUUCAAUCGAAAUAUGGAGAGGGGGAGGUGAAUAGGAGAAAAGCCUUUCUCAAGACAACAGUUAACUGAGAGUAUUUGUCUGGUUUAAUGGGAUUUUUGUGAAACCAGUCUCUUACUAAGACUGGACAGAGAUAGUUAUAAAAGAAUAGACAAAUGUUGUCACAAUUUUGUAACAUCAGUUUGAUGUUUUAGCUCAGUUUUACAUUGAAAUUUGAUGUUCUUAGCUCAGUUUACAUUGAAAUGUUUAUGUAAGAAUUUUGCAUAAUGACUGUUAAAUAUGUAAAAAAAAAUACAGUAUUUUUAGAACUGUUUAGCAGUGUGUUAUGUGCAUUUUAAAUACAAUAUUACUCAAACAGUGUAGGCAUUCACACAUUUAUCUAUCAUAGAGCUGUUCAGGUUGUUGUCCGUAAACCAGUGAGGGAAUUAGCAUUUUCGAGCCGGGUGUUCCCGAUGGGUUUUAUAAUGGACGUUUUGAAUUUAAGAGUAAAAUAAUAGCUAAUAAUUGAACACUAGAUAUCGACUAGAGUACGGUUUUCCAUUGAGUAUUUAGUCUCUUGUACCCUCUAAAAUUCAGAUCAAGCUAAUUUCUGUGGACAUUUUUAAGCAGUUUUUCUUUUUUUUUUUUGUCCAAAACAAGGAGUUAUAAUUCAAUACAAAUGUACAGCUUGGCCAGAAACAUACAAACAAAUGAUUAGAUUUGUCUUUGAUCAGUCUGGGACGAUGGGUCUAAAAUCUAAGUAAUAAUUCUCCUGUUUUAACUCUUAACUGUGGUAUUUUCAUUUAAAUGUUUUUAUUAUUAGGGCAUAAAUUAUAGUCCAGA